AUGAGGAGGUACCUGCAGCCCAUUCAGGCUGCACAGGAAGUCCAGCUCCUCCAGGUUGGCACAUCAGAAAAUGCCCCCAAGCAAGGUCAGGAGGAAGGUUAUAUUAGGCUGGCUGGUGGUCAAGACUUCUCUGAGGGCCGUGUGGAGAUCUUUCAUGAUGGAGCUUGGGGGACCGUGUGCGAUGAUGGCUGGGACAUAAAUGACGCUCACGUAGUUUGUCACCAGCUCCAUUUCCCUGGUGCAAUAGAAGCUCUUCAAUCAUCUACAUUUGGGAACGGGGAUGGCAACAUCUGGAUGGAUGAUGUAGGCUGUAUUGGGACAGAGAUGAAACUGAGCCAAUGUCAGUUUCCCGGGUGGGGGAUCCAUAACUGUGGUCACAGUGAGGAUGCUGGUGUUAGAUGUGAAAAUGGACCAGAACCUACCAACAGGAAUCUAAACCUCAAGUUUGAUUUGGACCACAAUGCAAGCCUCUCUCAUCAGCUGGGGGAGCUGUUUGACAGUGGACGUGACUGUGACUUGAACAUUACAGUGGUGGUGGACACCAACACCAUUGAAACAAUCUGUGCUCACAAGAUCAUCCUUUCUCUGAACUCAAACCUCCAAACCUCACAGCCAGACUUCAGCAGCCUCAGCAUCAAUGUCUCUUCUGACUGCAGUCAACACGCCAACAACUUUGUCAGAUACUUCUACACAAGAAAGAUGAAAGUCACGCUAUCUUCUGCCUACUGCAUUCUUAACAUGGCAUCCAAGUGGGGUCUGACAGAGCUUCAGAAUGAGGCUGCAAAUAUUUUCAGACUGUUUCUUCCAGAGGAUCCCACUUUCCAGAGUCAGAACUCUUUCUAUGAGUAUGCAGUUUUUAUAGGUGACGAGGCACUACAGGAAGUUUGCCUUCUCUACCUGGCGUGGAACUGUGAGGCGCUGAUCCGUUCGCCAGCCUGGACAAAUCUUCCAUUUGAACUGGUCAAAGCUCUUCUUUCUUGCUCAGACCUUGUGGUACGUAAUGAAACCGUCAUCCUGAAUGGACUGGAGAGAUGGGCGGCAGCCCAAGGAAACACAACUAUUCCCGAGGUCCUUCUGAAGCUCGUCCAUUUCCCAAUGAUACCGGCUGAGGACUUAUACAGGCUUGAUGGCUCACAGUACCAGGCCAGCAAGUUGCAGGGGUUUCAGUUUAACGCUCUGCCCUUCACAACAUUGCUCAAUGAUCUGAGGGAAGAACAAAAUAGCUACACGUCCAGGAUUUACACUGGUAUGCCAUGGAGCUUUACCUUCAGCUACCACAUCUUCAAAGCUUACAGAGAUUUUGGGUUCUACACUCUUCGUGGCCAACGCAUCAAUAGUCUGACCUCUGAUUUCCAAACACCUGUUCAUAACACUGCCUAUUUUGCUUUACACAACAUGCGCUGGAAAACAAGAGUAUAUAUCAGUGCAGAAGAUUGCUCAAGUGGAAGUGUCACUUGCCCUUCUUUGCCAGCUGUUAGUUUGAAGAUUGAGGAAAAGAAAAGUGAGUUACCCAGUGAGAUGGAGGGACGUAUUCGUUACAGCAAUAGGCUUGUUGUGAUGUGUGAAGGGAGGUAUGUGUUCCACGUUGGUGAAUUUAAUUCUGUUGAUGGUGAGAAUCUUGUAUUUGUCCCAAGCAGCGGAGAACAAGUCUAUAAAUGCCACUCAAACCUGUUCACCUACCAAGUGGUGGUACGUCCUCAGUACUCAACAGAUUAGUUUUUGUUCCCUCAGGGAGUUUCAGCAAAGAGGAAAUGGAGAAGGAUGAUUUCUGAACAGCAAAUUAUCUUUUAUACAAGUGAAAUAAACAUGACCAAUCACGCCCUGUAUGUGAGACUGGCUACAGUUUCACAAAUGGUAUGGGCCAGUCUGUCCAUGUUUAACAAAUCUUAUUCUACCAACUGGUGGUACACCAAAGGAGAAUAAAGAAGCCACUGACUGUAUUAAAGACAUUUUGUAAAUACCUUUUAACAAUAAACAUAGCAAUUCUGCUACACGACAGAACAGUUGUGUCAGAAAAAUAAAUUCAGAUGUGGGCAGUAUACCGAUAUUCUUAUAGUUAUUAUACUACUACUGUAAUGAAUUGUGGUUUUCAGACAAACAUUAUGUCUAUAAUGCAUUAUAAACAUACUUAUAAUGUGUAAUACUGUGCUUAUAGCUAUGUAUAAUAAUACGAUAAUAUAAGGACAAAUAUUCAGAAUGUUUAUAAAGACCUAUAAGGUAAAGUAUCAUAAUACUUUGCUGUUCACUCACUGUAAGUAUAGUGUGUACAGAAGAGUAGUAGAUAGAUAGAUAGAUAGAUAGAUAGAUAGAUUAAGCCAUGGCACAUGAUAGUUGACAGACUGAUAUGUGCCCAUAGUUUGUGUUGCAGCCUGUCUAUGCAAUAACAAAUAACUGGAUAUAAGGUGUUAACUUGUGCACAAAUGUCUCCAAUUUGUUUUAUCAGUGAGAUAGCAUUCUACGCGUCACUUCAUUUUGAGUUCAUUCCCAUUUUUAACCAGGCAAAUGUAUAGGCUACUGAUGGCGUCACAUAUGAUUUGUGUAGAGAAAAACUUUUUUUGUUACUUGUUGCUUUCAGGGUGAUUUGAUGUCUGGCUUCCUGAAACUUAUUUUACCUUUAAAGCAACGUUAUGUAGUAUUUGUAUGUUAAAAUGACAGCUUCAAAAUUAUUUUGAUGGUACACUGACUUGUAAUAGGGAGAAAACGGUGUCUCUGUCAAACUUUUCCAGGUGAGUUGCUGUGUUGUUUAUAAUAAUUGGUCAUCAACAGGAGACUGCCUAGCACAUCACUACAGCUUUCAGGUAUGAGCAAGUUAGCAGCUUAAUGCUAAUCAAUGUUACCAAGCAACUGACUGUUUGUUUUUCACAUGUGUACCACAGGUCUAUCAGGUUAACCUCCAUAGAGCAGCAACAGACACAAAUACACCGGCGAACAUAAAGGAGCAGAAGGGACUUUUGUGUAACAACAAAGCAAGCUUUGUAAUCAAACAUUAGAUAUCCAUUAGGAACACAUGUGACAUCAUCAAAACACAAAAUGUAUUUUUUCACUAUUGUUGUCAAUACCAGUUUUGCCAGAAUGCUAAGUGUAUCUGUGAAGUCUCUUCUUUCAUGGACAUGAACGUCCUCACCACUUGGCAUAGGCAAAGCCAGCGUAUUGUGAUCCUGUUCUCCCUGCUUUACCUUUGUGAGAAAUCUAAAAUGCCAUUGCCAGUUCUGAGAGAGAUGACUGGGUAUCUUGGCUUUAUAAUCAAACAUUAGAUAUCCAUAAAGUACACUUUAUGUCACUGACG